UUAAAAUCUCGUUCGUUCAUAUAUCAUCACCUUUCUGGGAAACUGUGCUGCACUUUUGCAAGAAGGAGCCUGUUACGGAGUGAAAAGCGAACAGUCCAGGUUUGGCCACGAAAAACUCUUGCAGUCACAAAGUUCAUCGCUGUAAGAUCCCGUGUGGCUUGUUGGACUGCCAUUGGCUUACGUCAUGUCAAAAGGGACCGUGGUUCUGGCAUACAGCGGGGGGCUGGACACCUCCUGUAUUCUGGUGUGGCUCCAGGAACAGGGCUAUGAUGUCAUCACUUACCUGGCGAAUAUCGGACAGGAUGAGGAUUUUGAAGCAGCCCGCAAGAAAGCGGAGAGUCUUGGAGCCAAAAAGAUGUUCAUUGAGGACCUGCAGGCGGAGUUUGUGGAGCAGUUCAUCUGGCCCGCGGUCCAGGCCAAUGCCAUUUACGAGGACCGCUACCUGCUAGGCAGCUCCCUCGCCCGGCCCUGCAUCGCCCGCCGGCAGGUCCAGAUCGCCCGCCAGGAGGGCGCGCAGUUCGUCUCCCAUGGAGCCACCGGGAAGGGCAACGAUCAGAUUCGAUUUGAGCUCACGUGUUACGCCCUUUACCCUGAAGUGCAGGUCAUUGCUCCUUGGCGGAUCCCUGAGUUCUACAGUCGCUUCAAAGGGCGGGAUGAUCUGAUGAAGUAUGCACAGGAAAAGGGGAUCCCUGUGCCCGUGUCCCCAAAAGCCCCCUGGAGCAUGGACGCCAACCUCAUGCACAUCAGCUAUGAGGCAGGAAUUCUGGAGAACCCUAAGACUCACAGACCCUCUGACCUGUAUCUGAUGACCAAGAACCCUGAGGACUCGCCCAACACCCCCGACGUGCUGGAGAUCGAGUUCCUCAAAGUCCAGUGUGAGCGGAGGAGAACACAGGCGCUCAGAGUCCUGGGGGGCUGGCCCCCUCCGGCCCUCUCCACGCCGGGGAAGCACGGCGUUGGGAGGAUUGACAUCGUGGAGAACCGCUACAUUGGCAUGAAGUCCCGGGGGCUCUACGAGACUCCAGGGGGCACCAUCCUGUACCACGCUCACCUGGACAUAGAGACCUUCACCAUGGACCGAGAGGUCCGCAGGAUCAAGCAGGGGCUGGGAGUCAAGCUGUCUGAGCUCAUUUAUUAUGGGUACUGGUUCAGCCCGGAGUUCUCCUUCCUCCAGCACUGCAUUGAGAAGUCCCAGGAGCACGUGGAGGGCAAUGUGCAGAUCUCCGUCUUCAAGGGCCAUGUGUACGUCCUGGGACGCGAGUCACCUCGGUCGCUCUACAACCAGGAGCUCGUCAGCAUGAAUGUGCAGGGAGACUACGACCCCGGCGAUGCGUCAGGAUUCAUCAAGGUCAACGCCGUCAGGCUGAAGGAGUACCACCGGCUGCAGGGCAACGCCCAGCCCAAAAACUGAGAGGCCGGCCCCCCAGACCCCAAACCAUACCUGUGGGGUUCACCCUUCUCUCUCCUUUCGAGUGCAGAUUUUAUCGUUCUUUAUUCAGGAAUUACCUUUGGUGCCUUGUGGUCAAGGUGUGGGUUCAAGGUUUUUUUUGUGGUAAAAUGAAAGAUGAUUAAAAUCGUCUGCCAAAAAAAAA